UAUAGUUAGGCAUGCGAGCGAAGCGUGGUGUUCUGGAGCAACGUAUACGUAUGUAUGAUGUUUUUACGUGCACCUGGAAUUGCUGAACCUUGCUUGCUGGGCAUUUGCUCCAUAACCCUCUCUCUCUCUCUCUCUCUCUCUCUGUGUCAUCGCGUACUCUGACGCAGCUUUCCAUCAUCACUCUCUUCUCUUCAUAGACUACCAUUCCUCAUCGUCACGACUCUCAUUGAAUUCCGAUAAACUCUCCAAUUCACUCGCCAAGAACCGCUCGUAAUCGAUUGGUUUGGAACCAGAAAAAACAGGGAUCGAUCCCCAAAAACCAUGCAAUCCAACGCGGACCGCUUCGUCUAGGUUUCCCCUCUCGGAAUUUCUAGUCCUGAAUCGGUUCCAGAUUCGGCUUCCAAAACCCUUGCAAUUUCUUCAGGACCUGAGCAAAUGGAUAUCUCUACCAUCAUAACUUCUCAAGUUUGUGGAAUUCCUAGUUCUGAUGUGAUCACUCUGGAAGGACAUACUUCUGAGGUUUUUACUUGUGCAUGGAGUCCAGCUGGUUCACUUCUUGCAUCAGGGUCUGCAGAUGCAACAGCUCGGAUUUGGACAGUUGUGGAUUGGACCAGUAGAUCUAGUUUACAAAAUGGAUCUUCAAAGGUGCUGGUGCUGAAUCAUGUAAAGGGCAAAAAAAAAGGGAAAAGCAACGAUGUCACAACUGUUGAUUGGAAUGGGGAGGGGACACUGCUUGCAACAGGCUCGUAUGAUGGGCAAACUAGGAUUUGGAGUUCUGAUGGUAAUCUAUUUUAGCAGGUUUUAAUUGACAAGUUUUUCAUUUCUUGCUUUAAAACCUUAAGCAGAUUGUAAAAAUAUUAUGCACAGAUAACCGGUGAAGCUUCUAUUCUAUGUAUCUUUUUUCUUGUUUCGUUGUGUACUCUCUUUAAAGUGCUAAAAUUUUAAAAGUCAAAGAUGCAAUAAAUGUAGUCUAUAUUAAGCCUCUGUCAUAACCCUUAUUGUGAGAAGACUUGGACAAAGUUAUUUUACCUGUGCUUGCUGACUUGGUAGUCACUAGUCACUUACAAUUCAUUGGCAUAGUAUUUGAACAAUUUCUAGUUGUAUGUUAUGAUCAAAUUCUAAUGUUGAUCUCACUGCUGCACAGUGAUCUAUCCCUGAGCUUUGUUGAGAAAGUUUAUUGGAAGUCUAAUUUCAAUUUUUAGAGUAGGAGUUGACGGUUUUUUAGAGCUUCCAGCGUAAUUAGCAUUUAGCCCAUAAAAUGAAACAAAAUGAUGAAAAUGAAUAGAUGUAAUUAGCAAAACGAGAAUCAUGCUCUCGUGUUUCCAUCAGGUGGCAUUCCAAGGAUGGCCCUAAGUAUUAGAGUUAGUUAAAAUGGGGUGUUUUACCGUGGUCAGCAGUCAAUCUGCUCUUUGAUGUUUAUCAUUGUUCACAUAAGCAGACUGAUUGGCAAAGUUGUUUGGGCCUUCAGCUUGUUCGUAUUAUGAUGGAAUAAUUAAUGAAUGCUAUGGGAUCUUUGACAAAACCAAAUUAGUUGACACAUUAUGGUGUUACACUUGCAUUGGUGAUAAUAAUUUCUUUUAUUUCAUGAACUUCAUCAGUGAUCAUCAUUGUGAUGGCUGGAAGCUUAAGAUAGGAACACUAGCCAGGACCUUUGAGUAACUAGGAGAGUGAAGAGGUGUGGGUACUCCAUAUUGUCAUUCUUCUUUUGGCAGCAAGGAAGAUCCUUGUAAGAUAAUAAAAUAUCUAGUAUACAUAAGCAAAGAAAGGAAUAGAAAAAUUGGAGGAAACGAUGGGGAUUUUUUUGUUAAGGAUGCAUAUGGUAUGGGAUGGUCAUUUUCUUUGUAAUUCUUAUCAUAUUGGUUGAAGUCACAAAUUUGUAAUGUAACCUGUCUUUAUCUGGUCUUAACUUUUGAGAACUUUCACUUCUUUCUCCUGGUUUGUAAUCUCUGUCUAGGCAAACUAAAGAGUACUUUAAGCAAACACAAGGGACCUGUAUUCGCUUUGAAGUGGAACAAAAAGGAGGAUUAUCUUCUUACUGGAAGCUCUGACAAAAGUGCUAUUGUGUGGGAUGUGGAGGCCAAGGAAUGCAAACAAA